AUGUUCACAAAAGAGCAGAAGACUUGCAGCUUGAAGCAGAAUAUAAUUCGCAACCUGUUUGCAAAGUUCACCCUGCUUCUGGCACUCCUCCCUUCGAAAGAAUUCCGAGUCAAUCCUGUCUUGCGGAAGCAAUCUGAUAUACCCACGACCCGGACAGACCUCAUCGAAGAAAAGACCCAAGCAAAAGUCUCAGCAUCAUUUGUCUUCUUCAGAGUGACGUGCAAACGGAUGUAUGAUCAGACAGCCAAGAAUGUUGGACUGGGAGAAUAG